AGUAUCUCGCGAACUGUCGUACCGUAUCGUGGUGGGUUUUCAGCUUCAGCAUCAGUAACGGUUUUCCUGACGAUAAUCGACAUCGGGACCAACCCCAAAACCGCAUCCGAAUUUUUUUUCCCAGUUUUAUCUUCGUCCGGUUGCCCGCGUCGCGUUCAAAGUUGACCGAUCAAAAGUUUUUCCUUUUUUGUUCGUCUUUUUUUCUGUUUGAAACUUUAGAAAGAGUGAUGUUUAAUGUUACGGUGACGAUGUGGAUGGAUUUUCUAAAAACUGACUUGUGAUCGUGAUUCGGUUCUUGAGUUAUUUUGAUAUUUAAGGUGAUUAAGAAAUUUUUUUUAAAAGUAAUUGUUUAAAUAAUUGUGAUUGAGGAUUUUUUACGUCAAGAAAUUGUAAGAUAUUGAUGAUAAAUGUAAAACAAAGACAAUUACAGUAAGGACUUUUUUAAUGAAGUAACCAAAAAACUCUAAAAUGUACGAGAGAAAGAUUGAAAUAUCUCUUCAUGACAAUUGGAUGUUGGAAUUUCUCAUGAAGCUUUACAUCAAUAAAGGAUAGUGAUCUCAUGGGAGUUACGGCAGUCAUGGGCAAGGAGCUAUGGCGUUUCAUGUUGGUUUUUCUUUGGUUUCACUUCCCCACAGGGAUUUUUACGCAAGAUACAGAAGGUGACACAGUAGACGAUUUAAAUGAACUAGCAGCUUCGUUUCCAACUUUAGAAAAUCCACCGGUACAUUUUGCAACAGAAAACUGUACAGUGGUUACAGCACAAACCGGAUCCACAGCCUUGGUACCGUGUGUUGUAAACAACAUUGGCGAUGGAAUGGUGUCGUGGAUUAGACGGAAAGACUAUCAUCUCCUGACAGUGGGACUGACGACGUACAGCAGCGACGAAAGGUUUCAAGCAAUCCACUUACAACACUCCGAGGUCUUUUCCUUUUUCCAGGACUGGACCCUACAGAUCAAAUACGUCCAGGCAAGGGAUGCUGGUGUUUACGAAUGUCAAGUAUCAUCACACCCGCCCACCAAUAUUUUCAUUCAGCUGAACGUAGUCGAGGCAAAAGCUGAAAUUUCCGGGCCAUCGGAAAAAUAUCUGAAACCCGGUUCGGGUUUGAAUUUGCAGUGUGUAGUUUUGCAAAGCACCGAACCUCCAAGUUACGUAUUUUGGUACCAUAAUAACCGAAUGAUUAAUUUCGACACAGACAGGGGUAUUAACGUAAAGACCGAACUCUCAGCGAAGACGAGUACAUUGUCAAUAAGUAGUGCCGCAACUAGACAUUCUGGUAACUAUUCUUGCGUGCCAAGCAACGCUCAACCUGCAAGCACAUACGUUCACAUCCUAAAUGGUGAAAAUCCAGCAGCGAUGCAACACGGAGGACGAGGAUUAUCCUGGUUACAAUGCAGCCCCUCGUCGUGGUUGAUGAUCUUAACUUUCUCCACACUGUUUUUGUCCUAGUUUUUUCGCCAAUAAUAAGGACGUCGAUACGGAUGUUUCGAUAAAGAGAAGAAUUAAACAAAAAAGAUAAAAGUAAAGUUUCCAAAAAAUUAAAAAAUAAAAUAUCAUAAAAAUUCCUUAAUAAAAUGAACUGAAUACCAGCAAUCGUAUAAUAAUUAAUAAAACGUAUAAAUUAAAAAAAUCUUUAUAUUGGGGCCGUUUAAAAUAGAAUGAAAUGAAACGUGUUUUUGUGUUGGUGUCCAUGACGAUUUUUAAAUAUAAAUUAAUUUAAGAUUUAAAAAGUGAAUGGGAUCUCGUCGAACCUCAGUGAUUUGAUAGUAACAAUAAGUAAAGGGGAUUAAUAUCUUGUAAACUACACGUGAUAUAUAUAAAAAAAGAACUUUUAUUCAUUAGGAAUUUUAUAAAUUACAAACAGAAAUAAAUAUGAAACGGUUACAAAUAUUUAUUAAUAUAAAAAUGUGAGCGUUGAGUUUAUCUUUUAAAUAAAAAGUUUGAGUGUUGUUGAAUUUGAUAUUAUAUUACUUGUUAUCAUUCCUUAAACUAAAUGUAAUCGUCUUAUUGUAAAUCAUUUAUUUUCGAUUGUUUUAUUUUUUAUUAUACUGAGAUUUAGUUUUAGAAAAAAUUCAACGAUGUUCAAACUAACUUUGAAUGAGCGUUAUUUAGAUACAAAAUAAAGAAAAAAUAAAACAAAAUCGUACAUGUGUAUGUUCAUCUUUUCAAAAUAAUCCUCAUGUUUAUUAAUCUCAAGCACAUUCCAUCACGUUUCGUUCUGUUUUAUGAAAUAAAAAGUCUAGUAACAAUAAUGUAACAUAGUUGGAAGAUAAUAUUAAAUAUAAAUUUUUGGGGAAAUAUGCAUUAAAAAAUGAACGGAUUUGUUUUCGUAAUCGAUACUAAAUAAUACUCGGAUUUUUGUCACAUUUUUAUGGAUCGUUUUGUCUCAAAUACUUGGGUAGAAUGUAUUCGAAAAGCUGUUAUUAUAUCGUCUAAUUAUUAUCAUCAUGUACAUGUAUUAUAAAAUAUUUAUUUAAUAAAAUGUAAAUAAAUACAGAUUUAUGAUGUUUUUUUCAACAAUAUUUACACUUACACAAAAUUGCUUAAACAAACUGGAACUGUAAAUUAAUUUUAUAUUGCCCAUCGAUUAUGUUUAUAAGAUUAUGGGGAGAAAACUGAGGAAUACUGUACAAGCUCUACAGCAACGAAUUGCAGUUUAUUUGAGUCAUGGCGCUUCCAAAGAAAAUCGCUAGAAUCUGUGCCACAAAGAGUGAAGCAUUCCUCCUUAUUAAUAACGUUUCUGUCAAAUUAGAUCAAAAUAUUCUUAAUCCAUCAUUUAGUCAUUUAUUAUGAUCAACAAUAUUUACAAAUUUUGACAUGUGCGAUAUAUUGCAGGAUUAUUCGCUAUUGCUGCAAAGCAAAUUCUGACAGUUUUUGUUGCAACUCACAAGCUUGGAAUGUUAUGACAAUUUAGGAUUUAAUCGCGUACGCUAAGCGUCACAAUACAUGUUAAAUUGCCUUUUAGGGAUUCUAGGGAAGAGAAGUAAAACUAUAUUUAUUGUUUAAUUAUUUUUCAUUGUCAAAAUUUGAUCUAACAUUAUUUUAUAUUCUUCUUCUUUCGUUUACUUGUAUAUUUAUGAUUUCAUUUUCUCGUUAAGUGCAUAAUAUUGUGCAGCUAAUCUUGUGGUUUUCCUAUAUAUUAUUAACAUUCUCUUUUUUUCUAAACUGGCUUUCCAGAUGUAAUUUUUUCUUUGUAGUGUUUUCUUAUUUGCUAUCAGCAUUAUACCGUCAGAUUUAAGCAAUAUGCUCAAAACUGUUCCGACAUGUCCUAUCAAUGGGCUGCGGAAGACAUAAGCACUGAUAUUGUGCUACCAAUGCCAUCAGAUUUGACGGGAUCACUGUCAGUGAUUAAUGCUCGAUACCAGAUUAUACUGCCUGAACGGCAGUCCUGGAUCGAAAACAAAAAUUCUAUCGUUCAGGCAGAUAUUUGCAUGUUCACAGAUGGAUCAAACACGCCGGAAGGGGUCGGGGCGUAUACUGCUAGACACUUCGGAUUAAGCAAGCUUACAGCUUUGGUAUGUACUGUAUUGUAUUCCAGGCGGAAGUAUAUACUAUUAACAUGGGUGCUAAAAUCCUUCUUGAAAGAGGGGCGAAGAAUAUGACAGUAGUAUUUUUUUCAGACAGUCAAGUUACUGUAAAAGCCACUGUAAAAGAACAUUAAACACACUGAGUUGUGAUAACAGAAUUUCUCUGAUCUGGGUCCCAGAUCACUCUGGGAUUGCUGGCAAUCAACCGGCAGAUGAGCUAGCAUGAGAGUGCUAAAGCGCUAAAGCGUUUGUGGGGCCAGAGCUAGGUGUUGGUAUAUUAUUUG